AGCAAGCUGUCAGGAAACCGAAGGAGCCGCGGCGGCUGAAGCAGGAAAGGAGCGUGGCGGUAGCUAACAGGCGUAAUAAUAAUCCGCACGGCGCGAUAGCCCCAGGAAGAGCGGGAGGCGCCCUCUGGCUAAGUGGCCGCACCGGCAUCAUCGCCCCCCCCCCCGGUUCGGUCCCCGAGCACUGGACGGUUCUUUUAUAAGAUGGGAACUCUAACUGCACUUAUUGGAAUAUGGGUGAGCUUCUCCCUAGUAAAAGCAGAUUCAAAAGCAGUGACGACUUCUUUGACUACUAAGUGGUUUUCCACGCCUUUAUUACUUGAAGCAAGUGAAUUUUUAGCAGAAGAAGGUCAAGAGAAAUUUUGGAGCUUUGUUGAAACCUGUCAGGACUUUGGAUCAUCUAAUCAUGAUGGUACUGAUUAUUCCUCAUACUAUGCAAUGCUGCAAGCAGCUUCCCAGAAUCUUUCACCUUUGCAACAGAACUUGUUGAAAUUUGCCUUGUCUUUGCGCUCUUAUUCAGCUACAGUUCAAGCCUUCCAGCAGAUAGCAGCUGAUGAGCCCCCACCAGAGGGAUGUAAUGCCUUUUUUGUUGUACAUGGAGAGAAGACUUGUGAAUCUGAUGAACUCAAAAUGCUUCUACAAACAGCUUCAGAAAGGCCAAAGCCUUUUAUAUUCAAAGGCGACCACAAAUACCCCGUUUCAGACCCUGAAAGUCCUGUGGUAAUCUUGUAUGCUGAGAUUGGCUCUGAGGAGAUGUCUAGAUUUCACAGACUACUUGUAUCAAAAGUCAAUGCUGGAGAAAUCACCUACAUUCUUAGGCAUUACAUUUCUAAUCCAAGUAAAGAAAGAGUCUACCUGUCAGGCUAUGGUGUGGAGCUGGCCAUUAAAAGCACAGAAUAUAAGGCCAAGGAUGAUACCCAGGUGAAAGGUGCAGAUGUGAACGCAACAGUAAUAGGUGAAAAUGACCCCAUUGAUGAAGUGCAGGGAUUUCUAUUUGGAAAACUGAGGCAGUUGCACCCCAACUUGAAAGAAGAACUGAAAGAACUAAGAAAACAUCUUGUUGAAAGCACCAAUGAAAUGGCACCCUUAAAAGUGUGGCAAUUACAAGAUCUGAGCUUCCAAACUGCUGCCCGUAUUCUGGCUGCUCCUACGGUGGAUGCUUUGAUGGUCAUGAAAGAUCUAAGUCAGAAUUUUCCCACAAAGGCUAGGGCAAUAACAAAAACAGUUGUUUCUUCAGAACUCAGAUCAGAAAUUGAAGAGAACCAAAAGUACUUCAAAGGAACCUUAGGUUUACAGUCUGGGGAUUCUGCCCUGUUCAUCAAUGGGCUGCACAUAGAUCUAGACACACAGGACAUAUUUAGUUUGUUUGAUGUCUUGAGGAAUGAAGCUCGUGUUAUGGAAGGGCUGCAUAGUUUGGGAAUCGUUGGCCUUUCCAUGCACAAUGUGUUAAAGCUGAACAUCCAGCCAUCGGACUCUGACUAUGCUGUAGAUAUCAGAAGUGCUGCUAUUUCAUGGAUCAAUAAUCUUGAAGUUGACAGCAGAUACAAUUCUUGGCCUUCCAGUGUCCAGGAGCUGCUGCGCCCUACUUUCCCUGGUGUAAUCAGACAAAUAAGGAAAAACUUCCAUAAUUUUGUACUCAUCGUAGACCCGUCCCAUGAGAGCUCGGCGGAAUUGCUUAGCGUGGCUGAAAUGUUCCUUAGUAACCACAUACCAUUGAGGAUUGGACUGGUUUUUGUGGUUAAUGACUCUGAAGAUGUUGAUGGUUUACAAGAUGCUGGGGUCGCCCUCCUUCGAGCCUACAAUUACGUUGCACAAGAAGUUGAUAAUAAUUUUGCCUUCCAGACGGUUAUAUCUAUAUACAACAAAGUAAAUACAGGAGAAAAACUCAAAGUGGAGCAUGUCGUUAGUGUUCUUGAGAAGCAGUAUCCUUAUGUAGAAGUGAACAGCAUCUUAGGAGUUGAUUCUGCUUAUGAUCACAAUAGGAAGGAAGGACGUGGCUACUAUGAACAGACAGGUGUGGGACCCUUACCUAUUGUGCUUUUCAACGGAAUGCCCUUUCAAAAGGAACAACUAGAUCCCGAUGAACUAGAAACUGUGACAAUGCAUAAAAUACUAGAAACCACCAGCUUUUUCCAGAGGGCUGUGUAUUUGGGUGAAUUAUCAAAUGAUCAAGAUGUGGUUGAAUAUAUCAUGAGCCAGCCUAAUGUUGUUCCAAGAAUCAACUCACGGAUCUUGAUGUCUGACAGAGAGUACCUAGAUUUAACCGCAACUAAUAAUUUCUUUGUGGAUGAUUAUGCUAGAUUUACAUUCAUGGAUUCCAAGCACAAGACAGCUGCUGUAGCCAACAGCAUGACCUACAUGACCAAGAAAGGCAUGUCCUCCAAGGAAAUUUAUGAUGAUUCUUUUGUUAGACCGGUGACUUUCUGGAUUGUGGGAGACUUUGACAAGCCAUCUGGAAGGCAGCUUUUGUAUGAUGCUAUCAAACACCAGAAAUCCAGUAACCAUGUCCGGAUUGGCGUGAUCAGCAACCCCAGUGAAGACCCAACCAGCGACAACACAAUCAUUGCUAGGGCUAUAUGGGCAGCCUUACAGACACAAACAUCUAACAAUGCCAAGAACUUCAUCACAAAAUUAGCUAAGGAAGAGAAUGCAAAGUUGCUGGAGGCUGGAGCUGAUAUUACGGAAUUUGCGGUUGGAGGUAUGGAUAUUGAUAUUUUCAAGGAAGCCUUUGACUCUCCUAAAGUGGAUUUUGUCCUUUCACAUGCCAUGUACUCCAGGGAUGUUCUUAAACUGAAAAAAGGGCAGAGGGCAGUGAUCAGCAAUGGCAGGAUCAUUGGGCCAUUGGAAGAUGGUGAGCUUUUUAACCAGGAUGACUUUCACUUGCUGGAGAAUAUUAUUUUAAAGACUUCUGGGCAGAAAAUAAAAUCUCACGUUCAGGAACUAGGAGUGGAGGAAGAUCUCGCAAGUGAUCUUGUAAUGAAGGUGGAUGCUCUUCUGUCUGCUCAGCCAAAAGGAGAGGCAAGAAUUGAAUACCAUUUCUUUGAGGACCGAUACAGCGCAAUUAAAUUAAGACCAAAGGAAGGAGAGACAUAUUUUGACGUCGUGGCUGUUGUAGACCCUGCUACCAGAGAUGCACAAAGACUUGCUCCACUACUAAUGGUAUUGAAUAAACUAAUAAACAUGAACCUCAGAGUUUUUAUGAAUUGCCAGUCCAAACUCUCUGACAUGCCUUUGAAAAGUUUUUAUCGCUACGUUUUGGAGCCAGAAAUAACUUUCAGUGCAGAGAAACUCUUCGUUCCUGGCCCCGUAGCCAAAUUCUUGGAUAUGCCCCAGUCCCCCUUGUUUACUUUGAAUCUAAACACGCCUGAGAGCUGGAUGGUGGAGUCUGUAAGGACACCAUAUGAUCUUGACAACAUUUAUUUAGCGGAGGUGGAGAGUGUUGUGGCAGCUGAGUAUGAGUUAGAGCACCUCCUUUUGGAAGGGCACUGCUAUGAUAUCACGACAGGGCAGCCCCCGCGAGGUCUCCAGUUCACACUGGGAACAUCAACAAACCCUGUGGUUGUCGACACCAUUGUUAUGGCCAAUUUAGGCUACUUCCAGCUGAAAGCCAAUCCUGGUUCCUGGUUUCUGAGACUUAGAAAGGGAAGGUCUGAUGAUAUCUACAGAAUUUACAGCCACGAUGGUACAGAUUCUCCACCAGAUGCCAGCGAUGUUGUUGUUGUUAUCAACAACUUCAAGAGCAAAAUUAUUAAAGUGAAGGUUCAGAAGAAAUUGGAUAUGCUGAAUGAAGAUUUGCUAAGUGAUGGAACAAACGAUAACGAAUCUGGAUUUUGGGAAUCUCUUAAAUGGGGCUUCACGGGCGGACAGAAGAAAGAAGAGGUGAAGCAGGAGAAGGAUGAUGUGAUCAACAUAUUUUCUGUGGCAUCAGGGCAUCUAUAUGAGAGAUUUCUCCGGAUAAUGAUGCUAUCUGUGCUGAAACACACACAAACUCCAGUGAAGUUCUGGUUCCUGAAGAACUAUUUGUCACCUACAUUUAAGGAAUUCAUCCCAUAUAUGGCUGAAAAAUACAAUUUCCAGUAUGAACUAGUCCAAUACAAAUGGCCACGGUGGCUUCACCAGCAAACAGAGAAGCAGCGCAUCAUCUGGGGUUACAAAAUCCUUUUUCUGGAUGUGCUGUUCCCCCUUGCCGUUGAUAAAUUCCUGUUUGUAGAUGCUGACCAGAUUGUGCGUACAGACCUCAAGGAGCUAAGGGACUUCAACUUGGACGGGGCCCCUUACGGUUACACACCGUUCUGUGAAAGUCGCAGAGAGAUGGACGGAUACAGAUUCUGGAAAUCGGGAUACUGGGCAAGUCACUUGGCAGGAAGAAAAUACCACAUCAGUGCUCUCUAUGUUGUGGAUUUGAAGAAGUUCCGGAAGAUCGCUGCUGGGGAUCGGCUUAGAGGACAAUAUCAAGGCCUUAGUCAGGAUCCCAACAGUCUCUCCAACCUUGAUCAGGACUUGCCAAACAACAUGAUCCACCAGGUGCCCAUUAAAUCACUCCCGCAGGAGUGGCUUUGGUGUGAAACGUGGUGCGAUGAUGCUUCGAAGAAAAGAGCAAAAACCAUUGAUCUGUGCAAUAACCCAAUGACCAAAGAGCCAAAGCUGCAGGCGGCGAUGAGAAUCGUCCCUGAGUGGCAGGACUACGAUCAAGAAAUUAAGCAGCUUUUUAGGCAUUUCCACAAAGAAAAAGAAUCGGGAACGCUUUUUGAGACAAAUGAAACUAAACCACAAAGUCGAGAAGAAAUGGCAGCGCAUGUGGAAUUAUGAUCUAUGGUGACCCACCAUGUGAGACUAUUUCAUAGACAAAUUUUCUAUCAAAUGCUAGUUUUUUUCUAGUAUGUUUGCAAGACUGCUAAGAAAAACUGAAGGGGAGGGUGACAAGCUGUAUUAAACACGAUUCAAAUUUGAUUUUGGCUGAUGGAAUAGAAUCUGGAUGAUUGGGAUUAGAGGAACUAUCUUUCUUUACACCUGCAAGAGAUGGAGGAGCCCACAGAGGAAUAUAGAAUUUUGGAAAUGAUUGAUGUAUGCUGAAAAGCAGCAAGUCUCUUCAUCUAUUUUUUGGCUACUGCACCACUGGACAUCAAGAUCUGGGUCACCUCUGCCUUUCUCAGGAGCCCAGAGGAAAGGUACCACUCAGAGAGGGUAAAACACUGAGAAUACACAGGCACUUCCUUCCUUUGUGGACUGAGGUAGGGCCAACUCUUUCAGGUUUGAACAGGGCUUGUUAUCAUGCCUUGAAUUGAAUUACACAGGUAUAGAUGUCAAAUGGAUUCAGGUUUUUUUUUUUAAAAAAAAGAAAAUAACACCUUCACUUUUGGAAGAAGAACUACAGUUCCUUCUAUUUAAAAUGCAUUGUGAAUAACUCAUUCGUUGUAAGGCAAAAUUUCAGAGCAACCCACCCAACUUCAAGAAAUAUACAUUACAAAUGAAUGCAUAUUUUAAUGAAGCAAACAGUGUGUGGCAUCUAAUACUUUUUUCAUUGCAGACCUAAGAGAGUUGUUAGUGAAGAUUGCAAAAUUAAUAGGGCAUUAAGACUUCUGUGAUUUUGUGGCUCUCAUGAAUGUACUUUUGUUUAUGCAAAUCUGUGGAAGCUUUUUGAUUUUGUAAGUUUCAUAAGUUUGUUUUCCCUCAAACACAAGAGUGAUUUCAGGUCAAUAAAGCCUUAGAGUUCCUA